UGAAUGGUAUGAGCGUCCAGCCUAAGGAAAAUGUGUAAGCACCAAAGUCCGGGACUCAAAAAGCUCCUUUCUCGUCGCCUGAAUGUCUGGCUGUGGAAGUUUUAGUCACGUGAUGAAAGAUACAGCAAGAUGGUAAACAGCCUGUGUGUUGAUCGACGCUCCCAUUCUUUAAGCAGCGAGUUAUGACAUCAGAUCUUAAACCGACAAAGUCGCCAGCACGGGGCAAAGGACAGGGCACCCAGCCUGUCAUGACUCAAAGGUCACUUCUCUCAUUCUUCGGUACAUCUACCCCUAUAUGUGCCACCAACGAUAAUGGAGCUGACAUGGCUCCCACUUCUCCACAAGACAUGCUGAAUGAAGCAUCAUUAUCAGGAUCAACGACAUCAGACUCUAUUCUCCGGACACCUGUCAAGAGUAGUAAUAAAAAGGAUGAUAAACAGGUAAACAUAUUCUCACUCGAGUCGCCGUCGCCCUUAUUCUCAACAGAUGAAGCUGUUUUGCGAAGCUCUUCAAAACGCAAAACAAUAGACCUUGAAGAGGAUGAAAAUGAACAGAUGAGUCCCUUGACAAGGGAUGAAUCGCGAUCGGUCAAGAAGUUUGCAGCUGCCGUCAAGAAUUUGUCGCUCAACUCACCUGUUCGAAAACUGCGUCCGGAAGAUUUUAAAGAUGAUAAUAACAAUGAAGACAAUGUGGUGACGGGACAGGCGUCAGGCACGAGACGAUCGAGCCGAGGCAUUAGAAGGAUUCAUUAUGCAAUAUCGGACGAAGAAGGCGAGGAUGAUGGCCAUGUAGGAACGGCCAAGAAAACUGAAGCUCUUAGGAAGAAUAGAGUCAACUAUGAUGAUGAAGAUUCGGAAUACGAAGCACCGGCUGCAUUACCUGAGGAUGACUUUAAUAUGGACAUCGAUGAAGCAGAUCUGGAUGAUAGCCUUCUUGAAGACGAUGACGAUGCUCCACCAUCGCCUACACGUCAUAAGCAGCCUAUCUUAAAAAACAAUCCACAGCAAUCUGUAUCAGCCAAGCCCGUAGCUACGGCCAGUAUCUUUAAUAAACCAGCAUCCUCUCCAAGUAAAUCAACAUCAUCACCAGCGCGUCCCACACUCUUACUCAAAGACGAUAAAAAGAAGGAGCGUGCUGCCAAAUUUGAAGAAGCAAAUACCGGCCGAUAUAGAUGGCUUCUGGAUAUUAGGGAUGCAGAAAAAAACCCUAUUGGUUCUCCAAACUAUGAUCCCAGGACGCUCUAUGUUCCCGAUGAUGCAUGGAAGAAAUUUACAGAAUUCGAGCGUCAGUUUUGGGAAAUCAAGUCGAAACAUUUUGACUCUAUUGUGUUUUUCAAAAAGGGCAAAUUUUACGAGCUGUACGAGAACGAUGCUGACAUUGGACACCAACAAUUUGAUCUCAAGCUCACAGAUCGAACCAAUAUGCGUAUGGUCGGCGUACCCGAGUCAAGUUUUGAAUACUGGGCUGCACAGUUCAUUGCCAAGGGCUAUAAGGUUGCAAGAGUCGAUCAGAUGGAGACCGCACUUGGCAAGGCUAUGCGUGAGCGUGAUGGAGCCAUUUCAAAGGCUUCAGCACAAAAAGUCAUCCAUCGAGAGCUACAUUCGAUUCUGACAGCAGGAACUCUCACAGAUUCAGGGCUUUUGACCAACGAGAUGGCGACAUAUUGCAUGGCUAUCAAGGAAUUGACCAGACAAGGAGCGGAGCAUUUGCCUACGCAGUUUGGAAUUGCAUUUGUUGACACUUCAACAGCUGAAUUCAACCUAGCAACGUUCUACGAUGACAUGGAUAGAACUAAAUUUGAGACCUUAAUAACUCAGAUUAAACCAAAAGAGAUUGUUGUUGAAAAGGGUGGUCUGAGUAUGAGAAGCAUUCGGAUCUUGAAAAACAGCCUAGGUCCCAAUACUAUCUGGAACCAUCUGCGGCCGGUAUCAGAGUUUUUUGAUGAGGUCACAGCACUCGAUGAGAUUAGGAUUCGCGAAUACUUUGGCCCUAAUACCCCAGGAACAGUGGCCACAGAAUGCUGGCCAUCUGCCCUACAGAAAAUGUGCGACUGUGCCCCAGUAAUGAGUGCACUAGGCGGUUUAAUUUGGUAUCUGAGAUCGUUGAAACUGGAUGAAGAGUUGUUGUCCUUUAAGAAUUUUCACAUUUACGAUCCUGUUCGUCAGGCAUCAACACUCAUCUUGGAUGGACAAACUCUCUCAAAUUUGGAGGUUUUCCAAAAUAACAGUGAUGGCACGGAAGCUGGCACAGUUUUUCGACUUCUCAACCGGUGUGUUACGCCAUUUGGCAAGCGGCUCUUCCGUCGCUGGCUCUGUCACCCCUUGAGAUCGAGCUCUGCCAUCUCUGCACGACUGGAUGCUGUUGAAGACUUAAUGCGCGUACCUGGAUUUUUGGAGCUAUUUGAGGAAAAAUGUGUGAGGUUUCCAGACCUUGAGCGUAUCGUGAGUCGAAUCCACGCGGGUUCAUGCAAAGUUUCAGAGUUUCUCGUUGUCCUUUCGACAUUCCGAACUAUAAUCGAUACAACACGUCGACUGAGCUCAUAUACAGAGCAGUUCAAAUCAAAGAAGCUUGAGUCUGUUCUUGCGGAGAUGCCUAACUUAACUCCAUAUCUCGACUAUUUUAAUGAAGCUUUUGACCAGAACCUUGCGGCAACAGAAGGUGAUAUUGUCCCUUACCCCGGCUUUGCUACAGAUUAUGAUUCCAACAACGAAGAUUUUAAACAGCUUGCUUCUGAGUUUGCAGAACAUCUUGAGAAGGCCAAACGCCUGUUAAAGACAACCAAAGUUAUUUAUAAGGAUCUCGGUAAAGAAAUAUAUCAGAUUGAGGUGUCCAAUAAGGUGGCUGUCCCUAAGAACUGGAAAAAAAUGUCGGGAACGAACGCUGUUAGUCGAUACUAUAACCCUGAGCUAAUCGCCCUUGUCAACAGACUGCAAGAGGCUAAAGAAACUAAGAGUGCCAUUAUGAAAGAGCUUCAAGGCCGUUUGUAUUCUAAAUUUGAUGAGAACUUCAAGGACUGGCUAAAAGCUGUCAAAAUCAUGGCAGAGAUCGACUGUCUUGGAUCGUUGUCAAAGAGUAGCUCAGCUCUUGGUUCGCCUGCUUGUCGACCAGAGUUUGUGGAGAGCGAGCAAUCAGUCUUGGAGCUCGAGGGAAUGCGCCAUCCAUGUGUUAUUCCAGGUAUCGCUUCUGAUUUUAUCCCAAAUGACACGGUUCUCGGCGGAAAUAGCGCCAACUUAAUUCUCUUGACAGGACCCAAUAUGGGAGGUAAAUCAACCUUGCUUCGGCAGACUUGUAUCGCGAUUAUCAUGGCCCAGCUAGGGUGCUAUGUUCCUGCUGAGAAGUGUAGAUUGACGCCCUUUGACCGGAUUUUUACUCGUAUUGGAGCUAACGACAAUAUCCUGGCUGGACAAUCAACAUUCAUGGUAGAGCUCUCAGAAACAUCCAAGAUUUUAGCCGAGGCUACUGACCAGUCAAUGGUGAUUCUGGAUGAGCUGGGACGAGGUACAAGCACAUUUGAUGGGUAUGCAAUUGCAUACUCUGUUCUUCAUGAGUUAUCGACUCGAAUCGGAUGUCUGGGAUUAUUUUCAACGCAUUAUGGUACGCUUACGACAGAGUUUGAGCGGGAUCCAAAUGUGGCAUUGAAGCACAUGGCAUGCCAGGUGGACCAGACCAAUCGCGAAGUAACCUUUUUGUAUAAGCUCAUCGACGGAGUAUGCGAAAAGUCGUAUGGUAUGAAUGUUGCUCAUAUGGCAGGUGUACCUCGCAAGAUUGUGGAUCGAGCUGAAGAGAUGGCAGAGGCAUUCGAGCUUAAGCAGGAAACAAAAUGGAAGGAGGAGAAACAUUUGAUGCGAGGCACCAAGAAUGUAGGACAAGGCAUAAUCAUGGAUUUGGCCUACUUGCUCAGUCGUGUCGACUAUGAUCAUACAAAAAAGAAUCAAAAGAAUGCAACGAUGGGUAUCAACGAAGGCGGCCAAGGUGGAGCAGCAGCAGCAGCAGAUCAUGACGAUGGUUCCGUAAUCCCUCUGAGGGCCAGGGCCCGACAUCUAUCAAAAGAGCAAGAGUCAAAAGUUCUAAGACGCAUCUUUAAGAGCAUGGCCUGUUUGUAA